AUGGCCGAAGAUGGUUUAAAGGAUGCGCUACUGAAAGGAAGGAAACACGACCAAAAAGGUCGAAUUCUUCCCUCCAAAGAGAACUGCCAUCGACAACAACCUCAAAACCAAACGAGUGUGAACCCACCACCGAUUUCAGGAGUCCAACUUAGCUUAAAACAAGUUGCAAUCUUCUUGGCGAUUUACCUAGCCAUAGGCACCAUCUGUUUUUUCCUUGUUCGAGAUCAAAUCAGUGGUAGGAAAACCAAUGGAAUCCUUGAUUCCAUGUAUUUCUGCGUUGUGACAAUGACAACCGUAGGGUAUGGGGAUUUAGUCCCAGAAACCAAUUUCGCAAAGCUUCUAGCUUGUGUUUUCGUGUUUAUGGGAAUGGGUCUUGGUGGCUUCGCUCUUAGUAAAGCAGCAGACUAUAUAGUAGAAAAGGAGGAAAUUAUCGUUGUAAAAGCCAUGCAUAUCCAUGAUGCAUGUGGUCUGAAUGAGAUCCUGAAUGAGGCAGAAAGAUAUAAAGUCAAGUAUAAAUUAUUAACAGUCUUGAUACUCAUUGCCUUCCUGGCAAUCGUUGGAACUGUGUUCUUAUCUAUAUUCGAAAAUAUGACUUUCUUUGAUGCUUUUUAUUGUGUUUGUGCUACCAUAACCACACUGGGUUAUGGGGAUAAGAGCUUUUCAAGCUCAGGAGGCCGAUUGUUUGCCGUUUUCUGGAUCUUAACGAGUACCAUCUCAUUAGCACAGAUGUUUGUGUACUUGGUUGAACUAUGGACUGAAAGUAGACAAAGACGACUUGUGGAUUGGGUACUUCAUAGGAAAUUGACAAUUCAAGAUAUUGAGAAAGCUGAUCUUGACAAUGAUAAACGUGUCAGUCCUGCAGAAUACGUUGUUUAUAAGCUGAAAGAGAUGGGUUUGGUAAGCGAACAACUAAUCAUGAAUGUGAUGGAAGGAUUUAACGAUUUGGAUGUUGAUCAUUCAGGCACCUUGACAGUAAACGAUGUAUCAGACUAA